UGCGCAGGCGCAGUAGAGGCGGCUCCGAGCAGGAAUUACCUGUCGUUUCAGUGAGAUGAAGAGUACCACUUAAAAUACCUGUUUUUCGAUUGUUUCUUGCAGGUAAUGUGUUUGGUGUCUGGACUCACACCUUAAUACUUACAUUUGUUACGACCUCCAGUUGGUUGGGAGCUUUAGUCACAUUAAUUUGUUGCCUAUCGGGUUUUGUUGAUAGCACUUCCGCAUAGAAAACCAUGGCGAGCACUGUAGAAGACCAGAAGUUCUGCUUACAGGAGGUGCUCGAUACUUUCAAGUUGUGUUUGUCGGAGAACAAAGAAGUUUAUCUUGAACACUACGUGGCUGGGUGGCGGGGUCUUGUAAAAUUUCUGAACAGCUUGGGGAGUGUUUUUGGCUUCAUCUCCAAGGAUGCUGUCAACAAGAUCAAUAUCCUGGUGACUCACCUGAAUGGUGAGAACGGGUCUCAGUAUGUCACUAUCCAGUCAAUGGUCAAGUAUGAGGUGGAGAACCAACUAGUGGACCUGACCAAGAGAGGCAGCCAUCCAGAGUCCGGCUGUCGCACCCUUCUGAGGCUCCACCGUGCACUGAGGUGGCUGGAGCUCUUCCUGGACCGCCUCCGUACCAGCAGUGAGGACGGCAAGACAUCUGUCAUGUGUUCAGAGUCCUACAAUGAGUCUCUUUCCCAGCACCACCCAUGGGUGGUCCGCACGGCUGCAGGCAUGGCGUUCUGCAUGCUCCCGGGACGUCCUGCCUUCUUUGAAGUGAUGAAUGUGGGCCCCCCGGAGCAGGUCGUGGCAAAGCUAGGGGAAGCUCUACCGCUUAUCUCUGAGGUGUACCAGAUCACAGAGGAACUUUACACUCAACAAAACUUGAUGGACUUACCAUAGAGAGCAAAAAGUUCCAUUAUUUGGCUCUUCGUACAUUACAUGAUUACAAGGGCUGUCAAUCUAUUGCUGCUGUUUGUUUUUUGGUAACUUAAGGGUUGCUCAUUAUCUACACAGUGUUAUUAAUUAAGCAUACUGUUACUGAGACUAAUCUGUAACUUCUGCAUUUCCAGUUUUUUAUUAUAUGUAAAACUACAGUCAAUUAAAAUGUUGCAUGUUUAUCUAUAAAGGACCACUUUUAAAAUCAACAUUUGUUUGUAGGUGUAUACUAUUUUAAUUUAAGUAGAUGAAGGGAACAGUGGGGCCUAAUUCUUAGCUCAAUGCUAAAAGCUGAUUGUUUUAAUUAAUUAUUCCAAAAUUAGCUUAAAAAAAUUACCUGCAACUAUUUUGACAAUCAAUUAAUUAUUGAAGUAUUAUUAUCCAAACAAAAAAACAACAACAUAUUUGUUUUCAGGUUUUGAAAUAAACAGCACAGAAAUGUGCUUCCCAUUUAGGUAUUUUUUGUUUUUUGACAGAUAUAAUUAAUUGCAAAUUGAUAAUGAUAGUUGAUAAUGAAAAUAAUUAUUAGUUGCUGCUCUAUUUAGAACCAAUACCAAUCAUGAUUUUAUGCAUUAGAGAAAUUCAUGUUUGACAUAAUGUAAUAAUAGGGCCUUUAGGUGGUGGUUUAUGUUCUCAUACCACAUUCCAUUCAAAUACUGCGAGAUCCAUUUGAUAGAUUAUACAUUUGAUAUUGGAUGAUACCAGAUAUUGCACAUAUUUCUAUGGUCUUGUUGUAAAAAUGGCAUUUAAAAGACCAAUGACAAACUGCAGCCUUAAAUGGAGCGAAACAGUUUCUAAAACACUUAGAGUAACAGGAUUCUAAACAGCAUUAAAUUGAUCUCAGACAUUAAAAAAGCAAACAAAGGUUUUUAGUAUGCAGUAGACUCAGAGUUGCAGUUAUGUAUGAAUCAUAAAUACACUGUUGUUCUUUAUGUGAAGUGAUUUGUGUAUUGUUUCUCAAGAAUGUAUUGUAAUAUAUACAUAUUAUACAUACUAUAGAAUGUAUAAAUAGUGUCUCAUAAUGAAAAAUCGUUCACUUGAUUAAUGAUUGUGAAUUUGUGUUUUGUUUGAUUACAAUUUAGUAUUUAUUCAAUUUGUUACCUUUACUCCUAAGUAAAUGAGGACAUAAGUUAACUCUGAUUGUGUCAUGUUUUUAUAAUUCGGUGUUCAU